GGGCAACGUUUUAACUGCUGUCUGCAUCGGCAUUGUUUUACGCUGAAUGAGAGACACUUGUUUAAAAAGCGAAGAGUCUUUUUACUUCUCAUGACAGGACUUUAAAUCCUUCAUAUUUUCACUCUGAAUCACGAUGUUCAACUUUCACAAACCAAAGAUGUACCGGAGCAUCGACGGCUGCUGCAUUUGCAGAGCCAAGUCGUCCAGCUCCCGCUUCACUGAUAGCAAACGCUAUGAGACAAACUUCAAGAGCUGCUUUGGAUUGGGUGAGGUGCGUUGUGGAGACAUCUGUAACGCCUGUGUCCUCCUGGUGAAGAGAUGGAAGAAACUUCCAGCUGGAUCUAAGAAAAACUGGAAUCAUGUGGUCGAUGCAAAGGCUGGGUCAAGCAUGAAGGCCACUCUGAGGAUGAAGAAGAUAAAGAAGAAGCUGAAGCCCAAACAGAUCAGUCGAGUGCAGAGUGAGCUGAAGAGAAACAACUCAGAUGCACACAGCACCACCUCCAGUGCUUCACCCGCUCAAUCUCCCAGCUACAGCAACCAAUCAGACGAGGGUUCUGAUGCAGAGCUUUCGCCUGGCUCUGCCCCUUCACAGGCAUUCUCUUUCUUGGACCUAACUUACUGGAAAAGACAGAAGGUGUGCUGUGGCAUUGUCUACAAAGGACGCUACGGCGAGAUCAUCAUUGACGCCCAUCUUUACAAACCGUGCUGUCAGAGGAAACCAGACCUGCCACAGGAAGAAGAGGAGGAGGAAGGAGGGGAAAUCGAAGGGGAGGAAGAGGAGCAGGAGGGAGAUAAUGUAGCGAACCUGUCAACGCCUUCCAUACAUGAAGAGGAAGAAGAUGAGGAGAAAGAGGAGCUGAGUGAUGGAGCACGAUGAUGGCAGCACAGGGUCGGUGAAGUCUUCCUCAAGGACUAAAAGUUCAAGACACUGACGUAGGACAAAACACGAAAACACUUAAAAUCUGCCGCUGCUACUACUCACAUUUUACAUUCUGAAUCAAAUUGAGUGUUUAGUACAAGGAGGUAAAUGUUAAAGCUGCUACGGUUGAACAAAUGACUCUGGGAUGGUUGUCAAUACUUUUCAAAAUGAUGUCCUAAAAUUGUACUUAUGGCGUCCUUAUUUUACAGACACUUUUCAGGCUGACAGAUAGAUCCAGAAAUUAGUAAAUUACUAAGAUAUGCUCGGUUUGUAGUUGCAGCCAAACAUUUUCUCUUCUAACUUCAGCUUCAUUCCCAUCCCAGCCUACAUCAGUCUUUUGUUUUGCCUCUUUGUACAUGUAUUUUUGAGAUAAUACCAAUAUUGUUGAUGCAUUCAGAUAAAGUUAAAGGUUACAACACAAGGUAGCCUUUCUGCCAGGCUGUUCACACCACUGUUAGCAUAAAAUAUUAGAGGUUUUAGCCCUGCCUGGUUCAAAAGUUUACUUCAUCAACAAUCAUCAAUGGAGGAAAAAAUGUCCAAGCAGCCAGCCGAAUUUCAUCUAAGCAGCCUCUUCCACUUUUAAAACAGUUGUUUCUGUGUUUGUCAGUCACUUUGAGACUCUAUUAAUAACCUCUACAUGAAGCAGCUUUAAGAAAAACAGACAUUUAUUCAUUUCUUCCAAUGUAAGAUGACUGUCUCAACCCUCGACUGGGAAACUUCCUUCCAACCGUUGUCCGUCUUCAGUGUCAGUUUGCAAUGAGAUUGUGUAUUUUUGUAAAUACUUAAUUUCUCUGAAAUGCUGGAUUAUUUAAUGCUGCAUGGAAAACCUGGAGACCUCUGGAAAAAUAACCCUUUACACUUAGGAUGGAGCCAUACAACAGACAGCAGACACUCCCUUUUUCUCUUCCUGACGGAAGCUCAUUCACAAAUGUUUCUUGAAUUAGUAGUUCUGCUUUUUGUCUCUCAAUUACAAUUUAGCAUAGUGUCCUAACAGCAUGUGAAGCAAGCAUCAGGGACAAAAUCGGCUCAUUUACGCUGGUUCCUGAUGUAUCCUGACAGACCAUUAGCAACAUACAGCACUGUUUUCUCCCUGUAGCAUUGUUCCUUUCCUCCUCUUUGUUGUUCACAUUGACGAGGAGUGAGAAAAGGGGAGAUGACAAGGUAUCAGGAGUGUCUGACAGGAAAAUCCAUUUAUUUCCUUUUCUAACUCAAUAGAGCAUCUUAUCUUGUUUUUUAAACUUGUGUUACUAAUCCACAGCUGUGAUUCAUGUGUAGUGCUCGGAUUUUUGACAAUACAGAGGCUAAAUGCUAAUGUCAAAGUUCAUCAAUACAAAGCACAGUACUUCCCAUUCCUUAGCAACAAAUAAAAGUGAGACAUAACAAGACUAGAAUUUAAUGUGCAAAUAUAAUUCAUAACAGAUGUUGUGCAGAUGGCCGAUGUGGGACACUUUCUGAUGUGACAUCAGGCGCUGCCAUACUGUUAGCACAUGGUCUGUAAGUAUCUGCCUGAGAAAGCAUUAGAGGCUUAGUCAGCUUAGAUAGAUUCCCAUAACAGUGUCCUAACGGUCCAUGAAUGAGGCAGCACUUGUGGUCUUAAACCUAUAAACCUAUUUACACGGCCACUCAAGUUGACAAGAACGAACAAGGGAGAAGGGAGAUGACAAGGAACUGGGAAUGUCAGGGUACAGCCCCAUUAAACAUGUCCAAGCAGUGAUGCACCUAAGACAGCCUGGCAGCAGACCGUCCAUCUCUGAUUGCCCCUUACGCAUACCGUACCGUACAUUGUUUGAAUAAAACCGAAAAAGAUCAGAAUCUAAUCCCAUAUUAAAUUAUGUUUCAACCUAUUUUAGAAGUACUUACAAGAUUGGUGGCUCAAUUUAGCUUUGUUAGGUUAGGCCAAUGCUAACAAAGCUACACUAGCAAUAUAGUUAAUGUUGCCACGGAAGUCAAUGUAGCUAAGUCAGCUUUAGCAAACAUAGCUUAAGCUAACUUAACCAUGUCGAUAAAGGAGCCUACAUAGCUGCUUUGUGAGCUUAGCUUUGCUCUUUUAGUUACGUAUCUAUGUUAGCUAUGUAGAUAUGUUAUCUACGUUGCUACAUUAUCUAUGUAGCUACAUCAUCUUCAUAGCUACAUAGCAAAGUUAUGUUUUGAUGGACGAUACCCUUUUUUCCUAUUUGCAGACUGUUUACUCUGCUUUAUAAGGUUUUUGUAAUCAGGUUUUUCAGGUCAGGUUUUUACUUAACUUUCGGUAUCCGACCCUUAUCUUAACCCUUACCCUGAACAGAAGUUCAAUCUGGUUUUAUUUUUACAGCAUCUCACAAAAUCGGUCGGCAAGACGGGCCAUUAGAGAUGUACAGUCUGCAUCCAGACCCCUCUCGACCCACCACUUGUUAGCAUGUUUAUAAAGUGGAGACAGUUUUGGAUUAACUUCCAUAUCCAUGGUUGAAAUGUUCUCUCACCUUUGUUAACAUGGAGGCAAAACCAAACAGCUUACCACCAUCAGAUGCCUUUUAAUAGCACUACACUUCUCAUUCUUCACUAUCAAAAUAAAAGUGCCACAAAUCCUAUUAUGUUUAGUAUAUACUUUAAACUAAGGGGAACUGAAAUGUACUGGGCUGAGAUAUAAGUUUGUAAUGAAUGCAGUGUAGACAGCAGAUGUGACGCUGCACAAUGCAAUGGGAUACUUGAUACUGACAUGCCGGUAGGACACAGUGUUGACUUGUUACCCCUUUAAACUUCAAGCAAUCUUUGACUUCAUUCAAACUUAUGUUAUUGCUAAUAUGGGUUGUUAGCAGUACAGAUAUUGCACUUGUUUAAUUUAGGGUUUUUAUUCACAACCAGUGUUCUUGUGCUGGCAGGGACCACAACCUCAGUUUUGAGCAUUUCUCACCAGUGUUUAUUGCUGCUAGGCCAAAGCAGUUGACUCUUGCUGUCUUUGGUAGUAAACAGCAGAAGUUAUGAUGUCAGUUUUGAGUAGCUCUGCCCUUGUCACAGCGCUUUAUUUUCUUUUUCUCAAGGAAAAAUCGCAAAGUAUAAAAACGGUGUAAAGGAACCCUAUCCUGGCAUUAGCAGAAGCUGCAGACCUUUACACUCAAAAAGUCAAGUCAGAUCAGUUUCUCCUCCACCAUUACUGUAAAUAAAGCUAGUAUUGUAAGUCCCGCCCCUUCUUGAUUUUGAUUGGCCAGCAAUGGAGAAUUGACAUUGAUGAGCUCAGGGUUGUCUCAGAAGUUGAACCUUGUUAACUGAGUGCAAAGCGAUAAAACUUUUCCUUUAAUUUAUUUAAUAAAUACUAAAUCAGGAAGAAAGAAGAGGGGAAUGACAUGCAGGAGCGGAGCCAGAUCAGAACCUGCCCAAGUUAGUCCUGACUACCUUGGUUUUGUAUUUAAGUCGAGCACUGCCAAUAGAAAAAAAGCAGAAUGAAGAAUGUACCUUCACCAAACGUCCUGAAGUUUCUCUGUCAUCUGUGUCACUCAUAUUUGUAAAUAAUCAAAGAUAAUGUACUUAGAAUAUUAUUUUGAUCAUUAUUUCAAAGGAUAAUUGAAGGUAAAAGCACAUCUACAUGUUCAGGAGCCGUCUACAUGCAGCUGAAGAUUUUAAAUACUGUAAAAAGAAAACCGUUAUAAGCUACAAAAACCCUCAGGAAGAUUUAGGCGACACUCAUCGUCACUCUUCCACAGCUUUGUUUUAACCUGUAGAAAAAGGCUCAGGAGCUAUUUAUAUAGAUAAUUUCAUAGAAUAAGCCCUGAUUUCUACAUAGAGAAAGCUGUGAGGAUUUUUCCUUCAUUAUUAAAAUAUUUGUAAAUAAAUGUUUGAGUUUGAGGCCUUUAGAGGAAUGUUUGAACUCAUGUCCUGCAGCUUUUUAGGGAAAUCACAUUGUUCUGAGCGUAGAGGAUUUUGCAUGAUCUUCCACAGCAGUUAUUUUUAGAUUUAAAGGAUCUGUUUAUGUGAUGUUGUACAGCUUUAAUAUAUAUUUUUGUACAUAAAAUGUAAACAAGCAUCCAUCCAAACCUACGUUUCAACCAUGUAGUGAAAGUUUCAUCAUUAAAUUCUGAUUUUUUUGCCUAGUUAGUGCAUUUUUGACCUGAGUGUUCAGGUUUUUCUUUUUUGGGGAUUUUUUUUUUGUUUGUUUUAAAAGAUGCAUAUUCAGGGCUUAUAACUGUGUGUAAAUCUCUGAAAGUUUUAUGACAUUUUGCAGUAUUUCUAUUCAAAAGUGAUGUCUUGAAGUUUUAUGAGUGCCAACAGAUGGAAGCCCUAAGCAGACAUGCAACCAUAUAUUUUAUUUUUCUCUAUUUUCUCAUGAUAAAGGUAGAAUUUGGGCAUUUUAUUAAGUUCUUGCUAAAAAUGAACUUAAAUUCAAGGGAAUGACAGCACUUAAUCCUGAGAAAAUAAGAUUAAAUAAGUCAAGAGACCAAGAAAACCAUCACACAGUUACUUGUAAACACUGAAAUUCCCUUUUUCCAGUUUAAGAUUUCUUUAAUCAAAAAAACUUGUAUUUAUGAACUUUAAAGUAUUUUACUUUCACUGUGAUGAAUUUGUUCUGUGGGAUGUUUGUACAAUGCUGCCAUAGACUGAACACACUUCAAAUGAUUGUAUUAAACUUUAAAGCUUGUAGUUUAGAGGGAUUCUGUGUGAUGUAUAUUUUUAUUUAAUUACACUAGUUUGAGAUGUGAUGUAGACGUUUUUCUCUGACCACAGAGGAUUAUUUUGCAGAGAGAGGUGCUCUACAGUUCAUUUCUAAAAGUAAAGUUUGUAUUUUUAUAAACACUUGUAAUUUCUACAUGUCCAAUAAAUGUUUGUCACGUCUGA